GCAGAGCGCUGAGGACAGGACGCCCCAGAAUCAGGAGCCUCCCCUCAGGAGAUAGGACGCUACACCCACAGCGGCUGCCUCUUUUCUCCAGAAGUUUGGCAUACCAGGCUGGCACAAUGCGUGUGGUAGUGAUUGGAGCAGGUGUCAUUGGGCUGUCCACUGCGCUCUGCAUCCACGAGCGCUACCGCUCAGUCCUGCAGUCGCUGGACGUGAAGGUCUACGCAGACCGCUUCACCCCGCUCACCAACACCGACGUGGCUGCUGGCCUCUGGCAGCCCUACCUCUCUGACCCCAGCAACCCACAGGAGGUGCAUUGGAACCAGCAGACCUUUGACUAUCUCCUGGGCCACUUCCAUUCUCCCAAUGCUGCAAACAUGGGCCUGGCCCUGAUUUCAGGCUACAACCUCUUCCACGAAGCUGUUCCGGAUCCUUUCUGGAAGGACAUAGUUCUGGGAUUUCGGAAGCUGACCCCCAGAGAGCUGGAUGUGUUCCCUGAUUAUAGCUACGGCUGGUUCAACACAAGCCUUAUUCUGGAGGGGAGGAGAUAUCUGCAGUGGCUGACUGAAAGGUUAACAGAGAGGGGAGUGAAGCUCUUCCAGCGGAAGGUGGAGUCUUUUGAGGAGGUGGCGAGAGGAGGCGUCGACGUGAUUAUCAACUGCACUGGUGUGUGGGCGGGGGCACUACAACCAGACCCGCUGCUGCAACCAGGCCGGGGGCAGAUCAUUAAGGUGGACGCUCCUUGGGUGAAGCACUUCAUCCUUGCCCAUGACCCAGAUAGAGGCAUCUACAAGUCCCCGUACAUCAUCCCAGGGAUCCAGGCAGUGACUCUUGGAGGCAUCUUCCAGCUGGGAAACUGGAAUGAGGCAAACAAUAUUCAAGACCACAACAGCAUUUGGGAAGGCUGCUGCCGAUUGGAGCCCACACUGAAGGAUGCCAUGAUUGUUGCUGAGUGGACUGGCUUCCGGCCAGUACGCCCCCAGAUUCGGCUGGAAAGAGAACAGCUUCGCUUCGGAUCUUCAAACACAGAGGUCAUUCACAACUAUGGCCACGGAGGCUAUGGGCUCACCAUCCACUGGGGCUGUGCCCUGGAGGCAGCCAGGCUCUUUGGGAAGGUCCUCGAAGAGAGGAAGUUGCUCACAAUGCCACCGUCCCACCUCUGAAAGUGCCAGUGACCACCGCCCCCCACACAAGGACUUCCCACUUUCCUUGUCCAACUAACCAAUGUGCGCUUUUCUAAGCUGUCAUCUGCUCCCCACCCCGCCCCUCCCUGGCUCCUGUCCACAAGAAGCCCUAGGUGAGGGGAAUCACAAGGUCAAUUCCUGGAGCUCUUCAUGCAUCUGGGAUCGGUGAUACCUGUGUGCUGUGAAGAGGUCUAGACUGACCCAUGCCAUUAAUGUUCCUUCCUGUAUUGUUUCAUUUGAUGGGUUUUUCAAAUCUGCCAUGAUUUUGGUCGGCCCUAAGCUAAGUAGGGUGAGGGCCAAGAUCUAAGUUAAUGUUCUAAUAAUAAUAAUAAUAAUGAUAGCCCCUUAGUGAUGGUUUAACUUAUGAUUUUUCAAUUUUACAAUGUUGCAAAAGCAACACACAUGAUAAAUUAUAUGAGAUGUUCAACACUAUUAUAAAAUAGGCUUUGUGUUGGGUGAUUUUGCCCUUCUGUAGGCUAACGGAAGUAUUUGGAGCAUGUUUAAGGUAGGCGAAGUCUAGCUGUAAGGUUCAGUAGGCUAGAUGUAUUAAAUAUGUUUUUGGGUUAUGAUAUUUUCAACUUAUGCUGGCUUUAUCAGGACAAAACCCCCGAUAAGUCAAGGAGCAUCUGUAGUUAAUAAUAAUUAUUAUAACUAAAAUUUGUUGCAUUCUAACUGGUACCAGGCUCUGUGCUAAACUCUUGCACACAUUCCUCAUUUAAUCCUCACAACUCCUCUGCCCCCGUGAAAUAGCUAUUAUUCCCAUUUCAUAAGUGAGCAGACUGAGGCACAGAGAGGCACUAGGAGGUCAACAGUAGGAAAGGCAUAGAAUGGAGACUCAGGGCCAGAAAUGAUAGGAUUCCAGUGCCUCACUUUCAACCAUCACACAAAACUGAAUCCGGGGCGGGGGGGCGGGGGGGAUAUACAGUUCUAAAGCUAACCGUUGGACUAUUUUUCCAACUGUCUUCACAAACACAUUGAGAAGGAACUAAAUCCUUCCUCAUCAUAGCCAAGACUAGGAGACUCUCACCAGGCACAUGGGUGGGGUGGGGAGCACUUCCUGGGGCUGGGAGCAGAACUCGACAGUUAGGUUUUUUAAUGAAAAUUAUUCUUCUUCACCCAACCUAAAAUUCCCCAGGGAGAGCGACCCCUACCGGUCAAGGUUAGUUAUCAUCAGGACCAGUAUAGGCGGUCCUGAUGAUAACUAAUUGAUGACGAAAACAUCAAUGUGUGGUUGCCUCUGGUGCGCUGUCUACUGGGGACCUGGCCCACAACCCAGGCAUGUGUCUUGUCUGGGAAUUGAACUGACAACCCUUCGGUUCACAGGCUGGCAUUCAAUCCACUGAGCUACACCAGCCAGGGCUGGAGUAAGUUUUAAAAUCAGCAAGUGUGAGUCCUCCAACUUUGUCUUUUUCAAUAUAUGUAUUUUUU